AUGUCGGACGUGGAAGCGGACGCGGGGCACAGUGAGCAGUACUUUCGGAACGACGAGUAUGAUAGCUUCAUGUGGGAGGACAUUAGUGUUACGGUCGAGACGCGCCGUCCGAAGCAGAAGAAGACAAUCCUGUCCGACGUUAGCGGCAUAGUCAAGAAAGGCGAGCUUCUCGCUCUGAUGGGCCCGUCUGGAUCCGGGAAAUCUACACUACUCAACGCAUUGGCUCAGCGAACCCCACCGAACCGCUCCGUCACGGGCAUCAGUUACAUCAACGGCUGCAAAGUGGACGAGCAGCUCCUCCGCAGCAGGGCCGCAUACGUGGAUCAGGAGGAUACUUUGACAGGCUCACUCACCGUGCGAGAGACCUUGGAAUUCGCCGCUCGGAUCUCGCUCCCCUCGUCCGUGGACGAAUCCGAGCGCCUCAUGCGUGUGGACACUCUCCUGCGGCGCUUCGGCCUGAUGGACCUCGCAGAUAAUAAGAUUGGCACCCCGAUCAAGAAGGGAAUUUCCGGAGGGCAGAAGCGGCGCUUGAGUGUCGCAUCCCAGCUCGUCACCGCGCCGCGUAUCCUCUUCCUCGACGAGCCGACUUCCAGCCUUGACGCUUUGACUGCAUGGGAAGUCUUGUACUAUCUGAAGCAGGUUGCGGAGAAAUUUAACUUGAUCGUCAUUCUUUCGAUGCACCAACCGUCUACGCGAAUGUUCGAACUGUGCGACAAGUUGCUGCUGCUCACGGAAGGUGGGGUCGCAUAUAACGGUCCUGUCCGGAAGCUGCAGCUGUACUUCCAGGACAGCGGUUAUGAGAUCCCCAACGAUAUGACCAUGGCCGAGUGUGCGGUUCAUUCCAUCAACACGGACUUUGUGUCCGAGGUGCAGCGUCAUCGGCAGGCGGUGACCAAAGAGUGCUGGCAGAAGUCCGUGCAGUUGCAGAACCUCCGACGAGAAUUGACAGAGGAAAAAGCGAGCGGAGUCAUCGGGUUCAUCGCCUUGGAAGAUCGUUGGAGGAGCGACACGUUCGCAGUCUUGUCGGCGCUGAUCCAUCGGUCGUUCAUCAAGUCGUAUCGCGAUGUUGUCGCCUACGGCAUACGGUUUGCCAUGUACCUGGGACUGGCGGUGCUGAUGGGCACGGUGUGGCUACGCCUCGAGCCCACCCAGGGUAACGUCCAAUCGUUCGUCAACGCCAUCUUCUUCGGCGGCGCAUUCAUGUCCUUCAUGGCGGUCGCGUACAUACCAGCAUUUCUCGAGGAUCAUUCCGUCUUCCUGCGGGAGCGCGCCAGCGGGCUGUACGGUGCCGCCCCGUUCGUGGUCGCCAACUUCAUCGUCGGAGUGCCCUACCUGUUCCUGAUCAGCCUCUUGUUCUCCCUCGUGGUGUACUGGAUGUCGAACUUCAGACCGGGCGCCGCAGCCUUUUUCACGUGGACCAUGUGGCUGUUCCUGGACCUGCUCGCGGCGGAGUCGCUGGUCGUGCUGGUCAGCUCGUUGAUGCCGAUCUUCGUGGUGGCCCUGGCAGGGACAGCGUUCGCCAACGGACUCUGGAUGUGCGUCGGGGGGUUCUUGGUGCCGCCCCAGACACUGAAUCCUUUCUGGCGGUAUCUGUUCCACUACAUCGACUAUCAGUCCUAUGUCUUCCAGGGUAUGAUGAUCAACGAGUUCAAGAGCCGCAACUACACCUGCCCGGGCACUCCGGACGGCGGUUGUGACUGCAUCUAUGGAGGCAAUUCUGGUACGGAGUGCGAAAUGGAAGGAGCGGCGGUCUUGGGCACGUAUGGGUUCUCAUCUACGACGGCCGACCGGUCCGUCUGGAUCAUGAUUGCGAUUAUUGCGGGCUAUCGAGGGUUCUGCUAUUUGGCGUUGCGCAUGCGAGCGCACUGA